AAGGAAGGAGCAGUGCCUGGCCACCAGCUGCCAUGGGACCAAGAGGCAUGAGUGUGCCCUCUGUGACACUUGCCAGUGCCCUGCAGGUCAGAGGUGAAGCCCUGUGUGAGGAGGAAAUCUGGUCCCUCUUGUCACUGGCUGCUGAGCGGCUCCUGGAAGACCUACGUAAUGAUUCCUCAAACUAUGUGGUCUGCCCCUGGUCACUCCUGCUUUCUGCAGCUGGAAGUCUUUCUUUCCAAGACCAUGUUUCUCACAUAGAGGCUGCACCAUUCAAGGCUCCUGAACUGCUACAGGGACCAAAUGAGGAGGAGCAGCCUGAUGCGUCACAGAUGCACGUCUAUUCCUUAGGGAUGACUCUCUACUGGUCAGCGGGGUUUCGUGUUCCACCAAACCAGCCCCUGCAGCUUCAAGAGCCCAUCCACUCCCUCCUGCUGGCCAUGUGUGAAGACCAGCCACAGAGACGGCGGCCACUGCAGGCGGUUCUGGAAGCCUGCCGGGUUCAUCAGGAAGAGGUGGCUGUGUACCCAGCCCCUGCCAGUCUCCAUAUCAGUCGGCUGGUGGGCUUGGUGCUGGGCACCAUCUCUGAGGUGGAGAGGAGAGUUGUAGAGGAAAACAUCUGUGAGCAGCAGAACAGAAGCUGCUUUCUCAGGAGCAGGCUGCAUAAGGCUGGCGGCGAGAGCCCCAGAGCUCGGGUCUCUGGUGUUCUGCAGCCUCGGAGAGUUUCAGAGAGAAGCACGGAGACACAGAGCUCCCUGGAGCGGUGCUGGAGUAACAGAGCACACAGUCGAAGCAGCUUUGUUAACAGCGCAUUUGCAGGUGCGAGUCCCGGUGAUUGUGAGGAGGGUCCGAGGUGUGGCUCAGGGCCUAUGCUGUUGGCAGAAGCAGAAAGCUCGCAGCCAGCAACAUCGUCUCCAAGGAAUUUCCUGCAAAGAAAGGGAAAGUUCUCCAGACCGGAGUUUGCCCUGUUGGCUGGAGAGGCCGCGGUGACCCUACAUUUGCCUGGAUCCAUUGUGACCAAAAAAGGGAAGUCCUACUUGGCUCUCAGAGACCUCUGUGUGGUCUUGCUGAACGGACAGUGUCUGGAGGUGAAGUGUGACAUGGAGUCCACAGCAGGAGCUGUCUUCAAUGCUGUAAUGUCCUUCGCCAACCUUGUGGAGACCACCUACUUUGGCUUGGCUUGUCUGAAAGAUGAAGAGUUCUUUUUUCUGGACAUGGACACCAGAUUGUGCAAAGUCGCCCCAGAAGGCUGGAGAGAGCAGCACCCGAAAGGUUCCAUGGACACUUUAACACUCUUUCUUCGGAUAAAGUUCUUUGUCAGUCACUAUGGGCUGCUCCGGCACAGUCUGACGAGGCACCAGUUUUACCUGCAGCUUCGGAAAGACAUUUUAGAAGAGAGACUGUAUUGUGACGAUGAGACACUGCUGCAACUGGGGGUCCUUGCCCUGCAGGCUGAGUUCGGCAGUUAUCCUAAAGAGCAGGUGGAGGGUAAAGUAUACUUCCAAAUCCAAGAUUACAUCCCGGCAAGGCUUAUUGAGAGGAUGACAGCAAUCCGGGUCCAAGUAGAAGUCUCUGAAAUGCACCGGCUCAGUACUGCACCAUGGGGAGAGGACGCCGAGCUAGAGUUCUUAGAGGUUGUUCAGCAACUCCCAGAAUAUGGAGUCCUGGUUCACCGUGUUUCUCCGGAGAAGAAAAGGCCAGAAGGGGAAAUGGCCUUGGGGGUCUGCACCAAAGGCAUCAUAGUCUAUGAAGUGAAAGGCAACCGCAGAAUGGCAACAUCCCAGUUUCCAUGGAGAGAAACUGGGAUGAUUUCAACUCAUAGAAAAAAGCUCACCAUCACCAGCAGCACCACUGGGAAAAAGUACACCUUUGUCACCGAUUCAGCCAAGACCUGUAAAUACUUGCUGGGCCUCUGCUCUUCCCAGCAUUGGUUUAAUGCACAAAUGGGCUCCGAGCAGCCUCCCCAUCUCUUAACUGGUCAGGAUAAGUUCGAACAAACAGCCAGCUUGAAUUCUGCACACCAGACACAGGCCAACCCUCUCACUUGGAUUCAGAAACUGUCCUGCUCGGAAAAUGAGUUGUGUGUACCCAGGUUUCAGAAUGCCACAGGAGGCCAACUGGGCACAUCCAUGGAGAACAUGCAAAGUAGCAAGGAGCUCAGGCUGGAGAGGAUGAGAGGCAGCCCGUACACUGGCGGAGAGCAGCUGUGCAGCAUCGGUUUGAACCAGAAGCCAACUCACACUCUCCUCGGGACAGCUGGUCAGAGCGUGUGUGCAGGUUCCAACUGUUUGGGCAGGACAACCCAGGUAUGCUGCUUUGAUUCUGCCUCAGGGUCACAGAACAGCAAGAAAAAGAGCUUUGUGGAAGAGCCCAAUCAAGACAUUGUGUGUGUGGUGCUGAAGCGAGAUCCACUUCACGGCUUUGGUUUUGUCAUUAAUGAGGGAGAAGAUGCAAACCAAGCAAACCCCGGCAUUUUUAUAUCUUCCCUUAUACCUGGGGGACCAGCAGAAAGAGCUAAAAAGAUCAAACCAGGAGGGAAGAUACUAGCCUUGAAUCACAUCAGCCUGGAGGGCUUCACAUUCAACAUGGCUGUUAGAAUGAUCCAGAAUUCUUCUGACGAUAUAGAAUUAAUGAUUUCUCAGUCAAAGGGUGUUUGUGGGACCAUCCCCAGUGAAGAAAAGAACAGCGCAACAAGUUCUGGAACAUUCUGUGCAGACAUCCUGAGCAAUAGGUGCCAGGGAAGACAGUCAGCACAUACACAUGACCAGGACAGAAAUGUCAGAGGACCAGAAAUGGCUCAGGGUGCUGGUUCUUGUCCUCCAUCACCUCUAGAAACUGAUGCUGGUGAAAUCUACUUCGUGGAGCUGGUUAAAGAAGAUGGAACACUUGGAUUCAGUGUGACUGGUGGUAUUAAUACAAGUGUACCUCAUGGAGGAAUCUAUGUGAAAUCUAUCAUUCCUGGAAGCCCAGCCGCCAAGGAAGGACAGAUCCUACAGGGUGACAGACUACUGCAGGUGGAUGGAGUGAGUCUGUGUGGCCUUACUCACAAGCAGGCUGUGCAGUGUCUCAAGGGUCCUGGGCAGGUGGCACGGCUGGUCUUAGAGAGAAGACACCCCAGGGCUGUACUACAGUGUCCUUCUGCUGAUGACAGGAUGGGAGAUGUGCACAUGGCUGUUUCCUUGGUAACAGCCAGGCCUGGCAGACCUGUGAGCUGUGUCUCAGUGACAGAUGGUCCUAAGUUUGAAGUCAAACUGAAGAAGAAUUGCAGUGGUUUGGGAUUCAGCUUUGUGCAGAUGGCGAGAGGAAGCUGCAUCCACGUGAAGAGUGACCUUGUAAGGAUCAAGAGGCUCUUUCCUGGGCAGCCAGCUGAAGAACACGGAGCCAUUGCAGCUGGUGACAUCAUACUGGCAGUGAAUGGAAAGCCCAUAGAAGACCUCGCUUUCCAGGAAGUGCUCCAUUUAUUGCGUGGGGCUCCAGAGGAAGUGACGCUCCUCCUCUGCCGACCCCCUCCAGGGAUACUGCCUGAGAUGGAGCCAGGAUGGCAGACCCCUGAACUAUCAGGAGACCAAAGAUUCACCAUGGCAACCUGCGCUGAAGCAGAGCAGAGCCCCAGCCUGGAUCAAGAGGACAACUGGAGGGACAGUACCUCUCUGGAUGCAGGAGAAGGUCUGAGUCCCAGGCCAGAGUCUUCCUACAAGGCUUCGAGAGAGGUGAAGGGAGACAGAGACAAACAGAGGCCCUGGGCCAGGUCCUUGAUGCAUCCUAUGGAGUCUCAUCCUCAUGUGUGCAAACUCCACCCAGAACCAGAGACACCAGCACUGGCCACCUCUUUGGAAAAGGAUAUGAGACAAAACUGCUAUUCUGUGUGUGAUAUCAGGAGACUGGGAAGUCUUGAAUUGGACAGAGACGAUGCUGAUGGUGCCACAUGCUUUCUACCUGAAAGCUCUCCUCUCACCUUGGACUAUGAAGAAUACCUGACCCUCAACUCCACAUCCGCAGGCCAGCUGCCCUGUGAAGAGUGUCUUGAGGCAGAUUCAGAGACUAUUCCUCUGCCUCAGUUCUGUUUGGGUGCUCUCCGGAAGUCUUCACUUCCAGAAGGAUCCCAAGGAAACGAGAGUGACUGGGAGGACCUGGAUGAGCCUGUGGCUACAGAUAAGGUGCUCAGGUAGAUGCACUCAGUGAGACAGUCUCCUGAGACAGAACCCCAAGGGUUUCUGCAUGGGCAUCCUUUUGGUGGAAGAGACCUCAGCUGACUUUCAUCCAGGAAAUGUAUCUGCUUAUUCUGCUACCUUGAAAGAAACAUCUUCAAGACAAUGGGCUGGGCUGGAGCUCCUCAACUAGUUAUUAAGUGCUAACUUCUUAGAGUUCAUGCCUGCUACCUCCAAGGCUAAUCAUCGUUAGUAGCCACAACUUCCUCUUCAGUUCUGAAGUUUAAGUCAAGCAAAUGUUUGUGUGUAUGGGGUGGGGUUCCCCUCAUGAAAGGAAUUAGGAACUAAUUUUUCUAUGUAAGAUAAGCUGGAGCAGAGAAAGCGUCUGGCUGCCACACUGGCUCACCAUUUUCCAAGAUGGAUGCCACAUUCUGGUUUAACCGUUGAGUCCUCAUUGGGCUCUGUGCUUAUCUAGGUGUCUCAGUGUCCUAGAAAACAUCUGUCAAGGGCUGGGCUCCAAGGCCACAGGGGAAAUAUUUUUCUGCAUUGAUUUUUCUAUGUCCUUCCUUUAGCUCUAAAUAGUCAUGCGUUCCUUUUAAAUGAUUUUCCCUCUCUUGAACCUAAUGCCUGAUUCUCGUCAUAAAGAAAGUGAAGUGCAGUAGACCUAACAUUUACUUGAUGAUGAUAUGUAGCUGCCACCAUUAGAACAUGAAAACUAGUGGAACACAUAGAAAAAACAGACCUGUUGGGCCAUAGUGUAAGUCAUUAGCAAGACACUGUAUAAUGGAGACCACAUAGCAGAGACAAGGUCUCACAUCAGGAAAAUGGGGACAACCUAACAAUGAAAUGAGCGAGCACUUACUAUAGGUCAUGUUCUGCUAUAUAGGCUUGUUCUGCUGCUUAUGGAAAAGACAUUUCCAACAAUCUGAUUAGCCAUUGUUUCAGACUGUUAUAGCUCCUCAUGUUGCUGCACAGUUUUAUAGGCCUCAGGUUUGGAGAAUUAAUUAACUAUGCAAUAAAACGACUACAUAAU